CCGGUAUCUAGUCAUGCCCCGGCUAGACACUUCGAAGAAAAUUCAAUAUAGCGGUUUUAAGCCUGUAAACAAACGAGUGUCAAAGUAUUUUGCAGGGGAAAAAAGGGCUAUUGAUGUUUAACUUUAACUAUGGCAACAAGUAAUGAACUUGAUGAUACAGAAUAUGUUUGCACACUGAGUGAUGAGCUGAUCAUAAAAGCAGAAGUGGAGUUGAAUGAGAAACCUGAAUGGAGAGAGCGUGAUAUACAGGCACUCAGAGACAUGAUACUCAAAAAACCAGAGUUGAAGAUCAGGAUGGAUGACGCCUACUUACUGAGAUUUCUACGUGCCAAGAAAUUUGAUUAUGAUCGCGCCUUUAACCUUAUUAUGAAACAUUUCCGUAUGAGGGCAGAUGAAAAGAAUAAGCAGUUGUUUGAGAAUUUACGUCCCUCUGCAGUAAAGCAUGUAUUGGACGCAGGGGUAACUGGUGUAUUACCUCACAGGGAUAGACAAGGGAGGAGAGUCAUGAUAUUUAGACCAGGUAAAUGGGAUCCAACAAAGUAUGCCAUAGACGAUAUAUUCAGGGCAAAUUUUAUAUCUUUAACAAAGCUGGUAGAGGAUGACGAGACACAAAUCACUGGAAUAAUUAUGAUUGCUGAUUUGGAUGGCCUCAGUUUGAACCAUGCUAAAAAUAUUUCUCCAUUCUAUGCAAAAAAGAUAUCUGGUCUUUUGCAGGAUAGUUUUCCAAUGAGAUUCAAGGGAAUUCACUAUGUGAAUGAACCAGUUGUGUUUGACAUGGUUUUUGCUGUCAUUAGGCCAUUUAUGAAACAGAAAAUACUAGACAGAAUCCAUUUUCACGGAUCAAAAUAUGAAGAGCUAUCAGAAUUUAUAGAUACACAGUAUUUACCAUCUGAAUAUGGAGGCACAGCACCACCUUUUUCAAAUGAGGAAUGGACGAGAACAUUGCUGGCCUGUGAGGAUGAAUUUGUUGAGGACUCAAAAUAUGGCCUGGUUAAAGCUAUUGCAAAACCACAGACCACAUGCAAGGAUGAUACUUUAGACUGUCUGGCAGGCUCUUACAUGAACAUUGAUAUGUAAACCUUGUGUUGUCGUUGUGCAAGCUUGAUGUGUUGAUUCACAUCUCUCAAUGUUUCUACCGAGCUUGAUUGUGCCAUAGUUCUCUUUAACCUUUACCCAGCUAAACAAAAAAAAUGGACUGUCCAUCAUUCAAUAUGGGCAAUACCGUUUAUUAUUCAAACGGGUGUUUGCUGAGAAUUUACUGACUUGAAUAGCGAUCAGUGCAGACCAUCCUUGCAGGCUGAUCUUGGUCUGCACUAGUCACAAAGGCAGAUUCACUUGCAGCCAGCAAGCUAAAGGUUAUAGAAAGGUUGUGUAUUGUAUUGGACCAGGCAUAUUGGUUGGAUAUCAAACUACCAGUCCUUAUUUACAAAAAAUUACAGAUUAUAAUAAUAUAUUUUGUUGAGGUAUAAGGGAAUUCAGAAAGAACAAAGUACAUGUAUUGUUUUUGUUAGCACAUACCGAAACAUAUAUUGGAAGCAUAGUGAACAAUAUAAUUAAUUACAUGUUAAUUUUAUGUUAACAUAUUAGCAAAAUUAACAAUUUUAUUAGUAAGAUUUAUAUUUUAUGUUAACAUUUAAGAGUGAAAUGAACAAUGAAAAAUUGAAUUAAUUACAUGUAUAUUUUAAUUAUCAUAUAACACAAUGGACAACUUGUUUAAUUACAUGUAUAUAUAUUUUGUGUUGACAUGAAACACAAUAAAAAACUUGGAUAGA